AUGGAUGUCUCCAGCUCUCUUAUCCAGCUUCAGGAUAACACAGAGUUUCUGUUUGACUGUGAGGGCCUCCUGGAGCAAAGAUUCUCUGCUUCUGACGCCGGCUACUACAGCGCCUGCAGCAGCCUCUCACCGGCUUCCUCCACCGAUUCCUGUUGUUUCUCUCCACCAACUUUCCAUUAUGGAACAGGUCAGGAGAGCUUUCCAGAGCUCUUCCCUUUGAUGAACAACACUGAUCAAGAAGAGAAGAAAAAUAGCACGGUGGGCAAGAGGACCGGACGACCGCGAUCUAAGUUCCCUGGGCUGAAGCGCCAGAGUGCGAGCGAACGGGAGAAGCUCAGGAUGAGGGACCUGACCAAAGCAUUGCACCAUCUCAGGACCUACCUGCCUCCAUCAGUGGCUCCUGCUGGACAGACGCUGACCAAGAUCGAGACUUUGCGCCUCACCAUGCGUUACAUUUCUUACCUGUCGGCUCAGCUGGAGCUCGGGCAAGAAGCGGCAGCUCACGGGAGUCCUUCAGCGCCAAUGCAGGCUCCAAACACGGCAGCUUUCUAUGAACAGAGCCUUAACCAAGUGGCUCCUCAGACACCAAACUUCUCCACACAGGAGGUCUUCAAUAUGUCUUACUGUCAGGUAGGUACUCAAUAUUACAGUAUCUUUAAUAUCUGCAAAUAAUUACCUAAGAAUUGCGCUUAUGCAUUAACAUAUAACACAUUACUAAUUAUGACUAAUAUGUAAUUUCUUUUUUUGUGUGUGUGUGUACAAUAGAAUGCAGAGAAUAGCAGCCUGCCUUCAUCUCCAGCUCAGGAUUACUGGAUUCCCCAGCAGCAAUACUGCUAUUAUGAACAGUGCUAACUGCCAUGGAGGACAUUUUUACUGAAGGGCUAUUCAUUUCUUCAGUGCUGUUAAUAUUGUAAAGUUUGUAAAUAGUGAAUAUUUUAUAUCCGUAUUUAUAUUUUUUGUAUUUUUUUUUUUUACAGCUCAUAAUUUAUUAAUUGCAAUAUAUUUGGGGGGAAAAUAAAAAAAAUAAAAAAUAAAGAUUUACAAAACAACUUUCCUCUGUGUUCUUUUCUUUUUAAAGUUCUGCUAUCUGAUAUUCUUUAUAAGUCUUUAAAUCUAAAUAUAUAAUCCACGCCCAGCACAUCCUAAAGAUAGACAGGUGGGUGAUGGUAAUAUCACAUUGUAAUUAGCACCUCGAA